AUGUACCCAACCCCCAAUCCCCCCAACCAUACCACCCAUCUAACCCCCCAAGACCGCACGAAGCGCGUAAAGGACGCGCGAAACGAGGCGCAGAAGGAGAUCGAGGACUACAAGACCGAGAAGGAGAACGAGUACCAGAAAUUCGAGAAGGAGCACAGCUCGGGCAACCAGAAGGCCGAGGAGGACGCAAAGAAGGCGACCGACGUCAAGGUCAAGGAGAUUGACGACAUUGGCAAGAAGUCGGGCUCCAAGGUUGUGGACCAGUUGAUUACGGCUGUCACGAAUGCCAAGCCGGAGCCGCCGCGGAAGUAG